AUGUUUUUUACAGACAUAAUCCUGAAGGAGAAGAGAAAGCUAUUUGUGGAGUCAGUGAACAAAGGUGUAAUCAAUGGAUUACUGGAUGACUUACUGGAAAUCAAAGUGCUGAAUCAGGAAGAAAUGGAGAUAGUGAAUGAAGAAAAUAAAACAAUCAAGGAUCAGGCUCGGAGACUAAUUGAUAUUGUCUCUCACAAAGGUUCUAAAGCCAGCCAACAUCUUAUUAAAAGUAUCAUUGAAAGAGAUGAACAUCUUGCAGACAAGCUUGGAUUGUUUUCAGGAUCUCAGACAGAACAACUGGCUAUAUCUAAUGUUGAAGGAUUUCAGAAAAAUUCUUUCUCACCAGUUCCUCGGACAUUCCAGGAUAUUGCCACAGACACACUAAGGCUUUGUUCCCAGGAAGAUUUCCAAAGGCUAAGGAAGGAGAUGGCAGGACAGAUAUACCCAGUGAUGGAGAAAGAAACCCGCACACGCCUGGCGAUUAUCAUCUGUAAUGUGGAGUUUGAUUAUCUCCCUCAGCGAACAGGGGCCAAUAAUGACAUCAGAGGAAUGCAGGACCUUCUUGUGGGUCUGGGUUACAGAGUAGAUGUUGAAAAGAACCUCACAGCUUUGGAAAUGGAAUCAAAGCUGAAGCAAUUUGCCUCCCGCCAAGAGCACCAGACUUCUGAUAGUACUUUUUUGGUGCUCAUGUCUCAUGGUGUGACAAAUGGCAUCUGUGGGAAGGAUUACACAGACAUAGAUUGCCAAAUACUACCUAUUGAAAGGAUCUUCCAAAUAUUUAACACCAGGAACUGUCCUAGUCUGAAGGACAAGCCCAAGAUCAUUAUCCUUCAGGCUUGCCGAGGGGGGAAUUCAAGAGCUGCUUGGGUCAAUGAUUCAGUAACACCCUUUGCAGACACGUAUCCACAGGACCCAUACAUCUUAGAAAGUGAUGCUUUCUAUAAGGCUCAUGUGGAGAAGGACUUCAUUGCUUUCUGCUCAUCAACUCCAAAUAACAAAUCUUGGAGACACACUAAAAAGGGCUCUCUCUUCAUCAUCCAAUUGAUUGAUUGCUUUAGAAAGUAUGCUUGGUGCUGUCAUCUGUAUGAUAUUUUCUGGAAAGUCCAGCAUUCAUUUGAGACCCCAAUGGAGAAGAUACAAAUGCCCACCAUUGAAAGAGCAACAUUAACAAAAUAUUUCUAUCUUUUUCCGGGAAAUUAAAAUUAGCAAGCAACAGAAACAGUGGCUGUUGGCAGCUCAGACUCUACAGAUUUCCCCACAAACAGAAAAAAGUCAUGCAUCAGGUCCAACAUAGGCUGGUAAAAAAAAAAAAAAAAAAAAAAAAAAGCAGGAAAACUUGAGCAAAACAGAGAUCCUUUUGGUAUAACACAAGAAGAUCCAAAAAGAAACCCCAAGCCAGGAAUUAACUGGUUUGAAGUCCAGACACUUUUGCAUUAACUCCAGGGAAACACCAAGUGGGGACCUCUGGGGUGAGUUAAGUGUGACUGAUACUUCAGUAGGAACUACAAAAACUUUAACCUCCUGAACUCCAAGGAAAAGAUCUGAAUUGGGGAAGACUGAGUGAAUCUUACCUGAUUAGGAAUGCCAAGCCUGACUGUUUUGCAGAGAAUUGACCCUGGGAAAUAAGGAAUACUUGGAGGUCUACCUGCUAAGAUAAACGCAAGAAAUAUAUUGAUUAAAUUACAAAACAGUUCUCACAGAAAUAAAGUCAUAUCUAAACAACUGGAAAAAUAUCUUUGCUCAUGGGUAAGCUAAUGUAAUAAAAAUGACAAU